UUUCGCCUUUCGGUGGAGCAGAUUGCGGACAAAUUCCAACUUGACUUAACUACUGGGUUGACCAGUGAGCAAGUUAAAGUUAAUCUACAUCAUUACGGGUUGAACAAUUUAGGUAAAGAAGACUCCAUUUCAAUUACUGCAAUUCUUGCCCAUCAAGUGUUCAAUGCGAUGGUUAUUGUUCUUGUCAUCUCCAUGAUCAUCGCCCUUGCUAUUCAAGAUUGGAUUUCUGGUGGGGUUAUUGCGUUUGUUGUAUUUCUUAAUAUUUUCGUUGGUUUUAUCCAGGAAUAUAAGGCUGAAAAGACAAUGGGUUCUUUGAAAUCGUUAAGUUCUCCUCUGGCAAGAGUGUUGCGUGAUGGUAUUGAAACAAACAUCAAUGCUGAAGAAGUUGUUCCUGGUGAUAUUGUCGUUAUUAAUGCUGGUGAUACCAUUCCUGCUGAUUUAAGAUUGAUUGACAGUAAGAAUUUGGAAACCGAUGAGGCUUUAUUAACCGGUGAAUCCUUACCGGUUGCAAAAAAUCACGAAGAAACAUAUCGUUCCAACGAACCAGUCCCAGUUGGUGACAGAUUGAAUAUGGCUUUUAGUUCUUCGUUGGUUGCUAAAGGUAGAGCUCAAGGUAUCGUUGUUUCCACUGGGUUAUACACUGAAAUCGGUAAGAUUGCCGAUUCAUUAAAGAACAGUGAUCAUAAGUUAAUUGUUAGAGUUAAAAAACCUUCCUUGAAAAACUACACUAAGGCUACUUUGAAAUCAACUAGGAAUAUUAUCCAAAAUGUUUUGGGAACCAACGUUGGUACUCCAUUGCAAAGGAAAUUAUCCUGGUUAGCAAUUUUCUUGUUUUGGGUGGCUGUUGUAUUUGCAAUUGUUGUUAUGGGUUCUCAAAAAAUGAUUGUUAACAAGAAUGUUGCUAUUUAUGCCAUUUGUGUUGCCCUUUCUAUGAUUCCUUCUUCGUUAAUUGUGGUUUUAACUAUCACCAUGGCCAUUGGUGCUCAAGUUAUGGUUUCUAAACAUGUUAUUGUACGUAAAUUAGAUUCCUUAGAAGCCUUAGGAGGUGUUGAUGACAUUUGUUCUGAUAAAACUGGUACUUUAACUUUAGGUAAAAUGAUUGCCAAAAAGCUUUGGAUUCCAAGCGUUGGUACAUUUUCAGUUCAAAACUCCAAUGAACCAUUUAACCCAACUGUUGGUGAAGUUGUCUUUUCAGAACAUUCUCCUAAAUAUAUUAAAGAAGUUGAUGAAGAAGUUGACUUCCUGUACCAUUUACCCCAAGAUUCCAACCAAUAUUUCAACAAUUGGUUAAUGAGUGCUACUUUGGCCAAUAUUGCCAGUGUUAAAGAAGUUGACGGUGAAUGGCAAGCCCUUGGUGAUGCUACUGAAAUUGCUAUUAAUGUUUUCACUACCAGAUUAGGAUGGAUACGUGAUGAAGUUGAAAAUAUCAAUGAAUUGAAGCAUUUAAACGAAUUCCCCUUUGAUUCAGCCAUUAAGAGAAUGUCAGCUGUUUACGAGGCCAACGGUGAAGUGAAAAUUUACACCAAAGGUGCAGUCGAAAGACUUGUGAAUAUCUGUAACACUUGGUAUGUUGAUGGAAAGCUUGUUCCAUUAACUGAAGAAGAUCAUAAGACUAUUGAAGACAACAUGACUGUUUUAUCCUCUCAAGGGUUGAGGGUUUUGGCAUUUGCUCAAAGACAUCUUCGCUCGGUUGAUGAGGUUGACAUUCAAAAUCGUGACGCUGUUGAAUCCGAAUUAACUUUCUUGGGGUUAAUUGGUAUUUACGAUCCUCCAAGACCAGAAUCUGCCAAGUCGGUUCAAUUAUGUCAUAAGGCUGGUAUUAGUGUCCAUAUGCUUACUGGUGAUCACCCAGGUACUGCCAAGGCUAUCGCCCAAGAAGUUGGUAUUUUACCUCAUAACUUGUACCACUAUUCCCGUGACGUUGUUGAAGUCAUGGUUAUGACAGCUAUGGACUUUGAUGCUUUGACUGACGAUCAAAUUGAUGCUCUCCCAGUCUUGCCUUUAGUUAUUGCCAGAUGUGCUCCUCAGACUAAAGUUAGGAUGAUAGAAGCUCUUCAUAGACGGGGAAAGUUUGUGGCUAUGACUGGUGAUGGUGUUAAUGAUUCUCCAAGUUUGAAAAAGGCCGAUGUUGGUAUUGCUAUGGGUAUGAAUGGUUCUGAUGUGGCCAAGGAUGCUGCUGAUAUUGUUUUGACCGAUGAUAACUUUGCUUCCAUUUUGAACGCAGUUGAAGAAGGAAGAAGAAUGUCUUCAAAUAUUCAAAAAUUCGUGUUGCAAUUAUUGGCUGAAAAUGUUGCACAAGCUCUAUAUUUGAUGAUUGGGUUGGUUUUCAUUGAUGAAGAUGGAUUCUCAGUUUUCCCAUUAGCCCCUGUAGAAGUUUUAUGGAUUAUUGUCAUCACUUCUUGUUUCCCAGCUAUGGGGUUAGGUCAAGAAAAAGCUCAAGAUGAUAUUUUGGAAUUACCACCUAAUAACAAGAUUUUCACCAGAGAAGUUCUUGUUGAUAUGUUUGCUUAUGGUACUUGGAUGGCUGCUUGUUGUUUGGCUAUUUUUGUGAUUACCGUUUAUGGUAAAGGUGAUGGUGACCUUGGUCAUAACUGUAAUAGUCAUCCUGAACAUUGUUCCCUUGUGUUUAAAGGUCGUUCGGCAGCUUUUGUGGCAUUUACCUGGUGUGCUUUACUUUUAGCUUGGGAAUGUGUUCAUAUGCGUCGUUCCUUCUUCUUGAUGCGCCCAGAAUCUGAAUUAACUUGGUAUCAUCAACUUUGGCUUGAUGUUUGGGAAAAUAAAUUCUUGUUUUGGUCUAUUAUUGGAGGUUUCGUCUCGGUAUUCCCAGUGGUUUAUAUUCCCGUCAUCAAUGACAAGGUAUUCUUGCAUGGUCCAAUUAGUUGGGAAUGGGGGUUGGCGAUUGGGUUUACUGUAUUAUUUUUGGCUGGUUCCGAAGCUUAUAAAUGGCUCAAGAGAAUUUACUUGAGAAAGCAAAAGGCUAAGGAUGCCUUUGCAGAUUUAUCUGUGUUUGAAAGGUACGUUUCAUUAAGUAAGAGUAACACUAUGGAUGUAUAGACGUUGUUGAGGGGGAAUUAUUCCCGGUGAUUUUGUUUCUCGAAUUUGAGAAGGUACCCUAUUUUGUUUAGAUUGUUUUUUAGAUUCUUAUAAAUAUUAUACAUUAACUUAGAGAGAUUGAAUUAGGUAGACAUAAUCUUCUUCAUUAUCAUUAGUCAUAUGUCAUUAGAUAGUAGCACAAAAGGUUGGAUGCAAAUGAGUCGA